UCUGCCAUCUGUCUCGGUGUACCAGGUCAAGACGCACAGAUGCAACUUCUGGGCCGACUCAAAGGGAUGAGGCGGGUGCGUACUCGCAACCAGGCUGCAGUUGUCAAGACUUGUACUGUUGCCAUGGCCAAUCGGGACUCAUGGCUACUCGUCCAGUCAUAUUACAGCCUCCAACCCAUCAGUGCCUGGUCAGGCCUGGGGUUCCGAUGAGUCUCAGAGCAAGCGGUUGCAUGAGAGAGGAAUAA